AUGAGUGGCCGCGGGGCUACUACGCCAGAGGAGAGAUUCGCUCUCAACGCUGCGCUCCUGUUGGCAGCCGAGAAACGCGGAGGAUCUGGCUCAUCUGGGAGGGCCCGGAGGAGUUUGCACCUGAAGAUUGUGGGUGGCUUUGCUUCUGAGCUCCGUGGACUCGCGGCACUUGAUCAGGCAGACCGCCAGAACUUGGAGACGGCCAACGCCUAUAUUAAUUGGCUAGAGCAGGGUAAUACCCCUGAUCGGUUUGAUCCUUUGCCCACUUUCCUUCCGUCUUCUGGUCCGACACUGUUUCCGCGGUCUUUUGCGCCGGCACCUACUGCCCCCGAGACCCCUCCUCCUGCUGAUCUUGUCCCUGAGACCCCUCCGCCUUCUGGUCUUGAGUCUCCUGGUGUAUCUUCUGCUGCUCCUAGUGGGCCUUUGGUUACGCCUCGCGAGCCGCCGUUUCCACCUCCUGCACGCCGUGCCUUGGGUAGUGAUUCGGAUUCGGUAAGGGGUGGAACUUCCGGUAGAGGGACUCUUCCGGGUGGUAGGUUACGUCCUCCCACGCCCCCUAAACCCAGAGGCAUUUCACCAACUUCGGCGCCUGGACUAGCUCCGUUUGUCCCUAUCGGGACUCGAGUGACGGUUACAUCUGCUAACCCUCUUCUUCGACAGCCUAAGCGGGCCCGAUUUGAGGAGGCGGCCGAACAUCUUGAGAAUCCACUUGAAAUCGCCGCGGAGCCAGCCGAGGAGGCUGCCGAGGAGAUUCUUGAACCGGCCGAGGAGGCUGCCGAGGAGACUCUUGAUACAGGCGCGACGGCAAGCGGCGGGGUUGGACCCGAGAGGGAGCGCGCGGCGGCAAGCAGCGGGGCUGUACCCGAGUUGAGGUUCCGGCCAGUGGCGCGUCAGGUGACUUCGCUUAAGGUUGCGGAGGGAUUGCUUCCGCCGGGUACUUCUGUGCUGCUGUCAUUGGACAUUCAUUUGGUCGCUGACCGCGACGAGGCGAGGACAUCUGCGUGCCUUGAGAGACUCUUGCGAGAGCACUCGGACUUGGCUGUGAUUUUCUGCUCGUACGCGGUGAAGCAAAAGACCAUUGAUAAGGCGGUCCAGUGUAUCCACCGUAUUUGUGAUCGGACGAUUGUGCGGCGCCCUUUGACCUUUCCCAUUUUCUUCACGACAUCCAAGAUUGCGCCGGGCACAGGCAAAGGAGCACAAUUGUCUAAGUUGGCGGAUAUCUUUAGCCGGUCGCGCCCCGCUCCACUGACUUUUUUGUAUCACGUGGACGAUCAAGAUCCGAUUUGCAAGAACGUGACAUCCUACGGCCAUCACGGUGUGCAUUGGGCGGAGGAGGACCCGCGUGCUUUGGAUCAGAUCGUGUGGGAGCUCUGCUGGCUCUAG